ACAGCUUCUCAUCCACCAUUCCAUAAACAACAAUGGCUACAAGCAAUAAGCUCACGGCUCUUGCAUUGUUAGUUCUGCUUAGCAUUAGCUUCUGCCUUUCCUUCGCAAGGUCCAUGAAGCAGGCUAGCAAGCCAAAAUCAAGUUCUGGCUACCACGUAACUGAUGAUGGCGACGGAGGGGACGGUGGCGGCGAAGGUGGCAGCGGUAAUGGCGAUGGCAGCGGUGGUGAUGGUAAUGGCGAUGGCAGCGGUGGUGAUGGUACUGGCGAUGGAGGUGGUAACAGCGGUGGCGGUGAUGGUGGAAGCAGUGGCGAUGGCGGCAAUGGUGGUGGAGAUGGCAGUGGUGGUGGUGGAGAUGGUGGCGGUGGUGAUGGCGGCGGUGGCGACGGAGGUGGCCGCCGUUAAUGGCUUCGUAGAAGCAGGAGGUUGCUGCGGCCACCAUCCUUGUGGUGGUGGUUUAGUCCAUAGUAGAGGGCUGUGGAAGUGGCUGCUUUCAGCUAUUGUCCUUCCUCAUAAAUAAAAGUUUCAUGUCAUAGCCUCCUACCUAAAGCUACCGAAGAAUAAGACCCAGAAAAGGUCAAUAUUGUGUGGUGGUAUAUUUGUAACAGUUCGAUGAAAUAAUGUGUGACUUGGUGAGCUUUCAUGAGAUAUAUGUAUUACUUAUAUAUAAAAUAAGAAACCUUCUGCUUCUGCUUCUGCU